AAGCAAGCAAAAAGUGUUUUUUUUUUCGUGUUUUUUUUGCUAUUUUUUUUUUUUUUUUUGCAUGCGCAGUUUGGCGCUCUCACGUGUUUGCGCCGACUGCGACGCCGACCGCGGAGCUUCGCAUUGCCGUUUGAUAAAUGCAAAGAUAUUCCCAUGCGGCCGUUUAGUACAUUUUCUACUGCUUAUUUUGUGUGCCGCCGCCCACUACUGUUACAUUUCCUACAGCUACUCUGCUGUUGCUGCUGCUAUUUAUUACUCCUGCUAGUGCAUAAGCGGAGGCCAUGUAGCCGUUACAGUGGGCCAAACAUUUAUUUGGGCUCUGCCGCUGCCGUCGUCGACAUCUCCAUUGUGGCGUCGUUUGCUGUGAUAAGCUCAGCUGCAGACUUCGGACGCUGCCAUCAUCUUACACAGAGAACGAGAGAGAGAGAGAGAGAGAGCUGCAGUAACUCGCCUCAAUGUCUGACGAAGUGCCUUUGGGACGUUUAUCGCAAAUUUUCGAUACUCUAACCAACUUACAACAACAACAACAGCAGCAGCAGCAGCAACAACAACAACAGCAGCAACAUCAGCUGCAGCAGCAGCAGCAGCAGACAGUGGCAGCGGAGCAGCUGCGUCGACGUUCUGCCUCCUCGUCGCCCUCACCGUCGGCCAGUGCCUCGGCGUCCUCGUCGGGCCGUGCCACGCCCGCCGCCGCGCUGGGCGUGGCCGCAACCCAGACACUCUACUACACGCACACGCACAACUACUUUCUGCGGCCGCAAGAUGGCGCCAGCUACCUGCACACAUUCCCCGCCACCGCCGCAGCGCAGCAUUCCUCGCACUUCUAUCAGCAGCAUCAGCAGAUGCAGCAUCAACAGCAGCUGCAGCUGCAGCAUCAGUUGCAGCAGCCGCCCUCGCUGCCCGGCCGGCUGUCGGGCUCUGGCUCCGGUUCGGCAUCCGGCUCCGGGUCUGGCUCCGGCACGCAGUCGCUGCACGCCUCGCCGCUGUUGGCCAAGCGCGCCACCUCGUUUAGCGGGCAGAUGCCGCUGACGCGUGCCGCCCAGUUGCAUGAGGCACGCCUGGCGGCUGCCUCGACGCCCAACAGUCCGCGGCUGAUGCCGCGGCGCGCGCCACGCCCGCCGCCCAUACCGGCCAAGCCGGCCAAGGAGCUGAGCGCUGCGAGUGGCGCUACGAAUGCGCCGGCACAUUCGCUGAAUCCCGUGCUCGCCGCCCUGGACGCUCCCGAUGCGCCCUGGCCGCACUUCUCGUCCCUCACCGAGCACCUGGACGUGCAUCAGCUGAACAACUAUGGACAGGCGUUGCCCGAGGUCAACUGGCAGGAGCGCUGCUUGGAGCUGCAACUGGAGCUGCAUCGAUCCAAGAAUCAGGCGGGCCGCAUUCGGGACAUGCUGCGAGAGAAG